AUGGCUCUCAGCUUCUUUAGUGGUGGUGGAAGUGCCAGUAACGCCAAGUAUUUCGACAUUCGAUUGAACGAUGAGUACAUCGUUUUUCGUGGCAAUGAACAUGAGGCUGCCAGCGCUCAUUUGAAAGGGACUCUGUUGCUCUGCCUGUCCGAGCCCCUCGCCAUCAAGCAUAUCCGCCUACAGCUGACAGGCAUGUCGCGCGUCUGUUGGCACCUUCCAUCUAGUUCGUCAGCUGGCGGUCGCAAAUCCUGGCGCGAGCGAGUCUUCUACGACAAGACGUGGCGAUUCCGUGACCCCGGCAAGGGCAAGACAGAGGUGUUGGCUGCCGGCAACUAUGAAUACCCCUUUGACGUCGUCUUGGAGGGCUCCAUGCCUGAGAGCGUGGAGGGUCUGUCUGAGACCUGGGUGAUGUACAGAUUCAAGGCCGAGAUUGGGCGCAAGUACGCCAAGGACAUCGUCGCUCGGAAACCUCUGCGCAUCAUUCGAACCCUUGAUUCCAGCGCUCUGGAGCUGGCGCAUGCGAUGUCGGUGGACAACAUCUGGCCGAACAAGAUCGAAUACUCCAUCAGCACCCCCACGAAGGCUGUCAUGUUCGGCACUGCCAUUCGCGUUGAUUUCAAAUUGGUCCCGCUCCUUAAGGGUCUGCGCAUCGGACAGACUACGUCACAGCUCAUCGAAAGCCACGAUUUGACUCUCAACCCGGAAGAUCCCGACUCCAUUCGGAACACCUACAAGAUUACCCGGACGAUAUUGACCGACGAGCACGAGACCAAUGAGGAUAACAUCGAGAUUAUCGAUGAGGCGGCCGAGGGAUACCAGUUCACGCGCUAUCUAGACAUGCCGCAAACCUUGACCCGGUGCCUGCAGGACACGGACACCAAGGGCAUUAAAAUCCGCCACAAGCUGAAGUUCCGCAUUCAACUUCACAACCCGGACGGCCACAUCAGUGAGCUCCGCGCGACGCUUCCGGUCUCGAUCUUCAUCUCCCCGAACAUUGCCAUAGACGAGAACAACAAUCUCCGUGAACAGACACAGCAGACGAAUCGUCAGACUGCCGAUGAUAUAGCCGCCCACCAGGCACCUCCCCUCUAUGGAGAGCACACCGUCGACCAGCUAUACAGCGAGGUCGACCCGAAUGGCUACCGCACUCCGGGCCCCAGCAGCGGUGGCCCCGGCACACCCUUCGGCGCGCUCAGCCGUAACAUAUCUGCAGAGAACCUGGCUUCGAUGGCCGCCCUCACGAACACCGAUAUCUCUGCCGCUGCUCUUCACAGUCGCUUGAACAGUCUCAGCGCAAACCGUACUCUCCAGCCGGCCACACCUGGGGAGAUACCCAACUCUCCCCCGGAGAAUCACGCCAACUCGCGUGGAUUGAACGUCCACUUUGGUGACUACUUCGGGCCGUCUUCCGGUUCGAAUUCACACAGUCCCGGUAGCCCAGAGCUCUCCCGCCGACCUUCUGAUGAUGGGGCUCAGUCCCCGAUCGUAUCGGGCAUGACAACACCCUUCCACCCUCAUUACGCCGAAGUUGAGACUUUAAGCCGAGUUCCCAGUUACUCGACCGCAGUGCGUGCGGCCGUGGGUCCAUGCGACUCGGGCCUACCUGACUACAAUGCAGUAAUGGCUAGCAGUCUGCCUUCGACGCCGGUGCUCCAGUCCCCGCAACAGGCCUACUUGCGAAGUGGCCGCAACAGUGGCCGGACUAGCGGAGUCUCCACUCCUUUCGAGGUGCAUAAUCGUCCCGGACACCUGCACCCUAGCUCCAAUGCUGACGACGCUGAAACCAGGUUGCGACUAGUGCAAGCGCGCGCUAGAGCUUGA